UUUUUUCAUUACAGUUUUUACAUUAUUUCUCCUGAACUCCGCGGCGUAGAUCCGAGGAGUUUCGGGAAAUCAUCGCAGAUUAAAUCGCGCUUUCUCUCACUAAGUUUUUUCAUCCUCCGAUCAGUACUAAUCCAGUUUUUUAUCAGUCAUGGCUGCAGCAGCACCUGAAGGUUCUCAAUUCGACGCCCGCCAGUUCGAUGCGAAAAUGAACGAGAUACUUGGGGCUGAAGGUGAUGAAUUUUUCACAAGCUACGACGAAGUGUACGACAGUUUCGACGCCAUGGGCUUGCAGGAAAAUCUCCUUAGAGGCAUUUACGCCUAUGGUUUUGAGAAACCGUCGGCAAUUCAGCAAAGAGGGAUUGUCCCAUUCUGUAAAGGGCUGGAUGUGAUUCAACAGGCUCAAUCUGGUACCGGAAAAACUGCUACCUUUUGCUCUGGAGUUUUGCAGCAGCUCGACUAUAGCCUAGUUGAAUGCCAGGCUCUGGUUCUUGCACCAACCCGUGAGCUGGCACAACAGAUUGAGAAGGUUAUGCGGGCCCUAGGUGAUUACCUUGGUGUUAAGGUUCACGCUUGUGUAGGUGGUACCGUUGUUCGUGAAGAUCAGCGUAUUCUUUCAAGUGGGGUCCACGUCGUGGUUGGUACACCUGGACGUGUGUUUGACAUGUUGAGAAGGCAAUCGCUCCGCGCUGAUUACAUCAAAAUGUUUGUGCUCGACGAAGCUGAUGAGAUGCUCUCCAGAGGGUUCAAGGAUCAGAUAUACGAUAUCUUCCAGCUGCUGCCACCCAAGAUUCAAGUGGGAGUGUUCUCCGCCACUAUGCCGCCAGAGGCCCUCGAAAUCACGAGGAAGUUCAUGGCUAAGCCCGUUCGUAUUCUCGUGAAGCGUGACGAGUUAACCCUCGAGGGUAUCAAGCAGUUUUACGUUAACGUAGACAAAGAGGACUGGAAACUUGAAACCCUAUGCGACCUCUAUGAAACACUCGCCAUCACACAGAGUGUCAUCUUUAUCAACACGAGGCGCAAAGUUGACUGGUUGACCGAUAAAAUGCGAAGCCGUGAUCACACAGUGUCGGCCACUCACGGUGACAUGGACCAGAACACGAGGGAUAUUAUUAUGAGGGAAUUUCGAUCAGGUUCUUCGAGGGUUUUAAUCACCACUGAUCUUUUGGCACGUGGAAUAGAUGUGCAGCAAGUCUCUCUUGUGAUCAAUUACGAUCUGCCAACUCAGCCUGAGAACUACUUGCAUCGUAUUGGUCGAAGUGGAAGGUUUGGGAGAAAGGGUGUUGCUAUAAACUUUGUCACUAAAGAUGACGAGCGCAUGCUUUUCGAUAUACAGAAGUUUUAUAAUGUUGUGGUUGAGGAGCUUCCGGCUAAUGUUGCUGAUCUACUCUGAUGGGUUUUAUUUUCUCCUUUUUUUCGGCUUGUCGUUUGUUUGUAUUUGUAUAAUUAUCUGAAAAAUAUCUGCAGAUUUUGAUGUUUGUUUAACUUCUCUUGUUGUUGGAUUUUUAAUUGUUUUAUGUAUGUGAAGAGAGUCCUUUUGAGCA